AUGCGGACAACAAACGCCAGACGGGGCCGUUUGAGCUCCCGGCCCUUCUACACCACUAUCCUGCUAAUGUCGGUGCUGGCCGCGUACUCUUUUUGGGCACAGACGUCACAGAGACAGCACCAAAACCAUCACCAUCACCUAGGCGAGAGUCAACAUGGCCUGGAGCUGCUCAGGCGCUCCGGCGACAAGCCCGAGUGUCGCCAGGUGCACACUGCCCAAGACAAGUGCGCCUUUGUCAAGUCCUACUGCCACGACGAGGAUGCCGGGCUUCUUCCCUACCUCCAGCUUUACUACUGCAGGCUGGGCAAUGCGCAGCCAUUUGCCUUUGUCCUCCUGGUGACGUGGCUGGGGCUCUUGUUCACCACGAUCGGCAUCGCGGCGAGCGACUUCUUCAGCGUCAACCUUAGCACGAUUGCGACCAUUCUCGGCCUCAGCGAAAGCCUUGCCGGCGUCACGUUCCUCGCCUUUGGCAAUGGCUCUCCCGAUGUCUUUAGCACCUUUGCAGCCAUGAGGUCUAACAGCGCGAGCAUGGCUGUCGGCGAGCUAAUCGGCGCUGCCAGCUUCAUCACGGGCGUCGUGGCGGGCUCGAUGGCUCUGGUCAGAGAGUUCAGGGUAGACCGGCGGACUUACGCCAGGGAUAUAUGCUUCUUCAUCGUUGCGGUCGCCUUUACUAUGGGCUUUUUGGCCGACGGGCAGCUGCGAUUCUGGGAGUGUUGCGCCAUGAUUGGAUAUUACCUUCUAUACGUCGUCACUGUUGUUGGGUGGCAUUGGUACACCACAAGGAGGAAGCGUUUGCUGCGCAUAGAAGGAGAGGCACGCAGCCACUUUUAUGGGCUGCCUGGUCACAGCGGCGAUGAGCUGGCUGGCGAACCCUACCGAGACGAGCCCGACGAAGUGAGCCAGGAGGUAGAGAGGCAUGCGCCAAGCACAAUUGGGGACAGCAUCCUGUCGGCGUUGGAGCGCGGCCCAAUCAUCGAGGUCGACGGUCAGGCAGCUGAGACGCCCAUGAGCGAGGAAAGCGCAGAAACGGACGAAGACCACGAGAGAAUGGUUGCGGCGGAGGUGACACGAAGCAUGCGAGUCUUGCGUCCUCAGGGGAGGCGGAGAAACACAAUCACGCCGAUUCGACCCAGUCUGAUCGGAGCAUUGGAGUUCAGGUCUGCCCUGGCACAUUUGCAGCGUGAGAGCAACCUCCAGCUCUCACCUAUUCCGGCCAGGAGCUACUCCGAAAACCACGUCUACAGAGGGCGGAGAGGUAGUACAAGCGCCCUCUCUGACAUGGUACCUCCCAUGCAGCGGCAUGCUUCGACUUAUGAUGCCACGACGGCCAGUGGGAGAGAGAGAGCCAGGUCGCACGGGACAGCCCCAGUCUCAUCAUCUGUGCCCGAAGACUUGUUGAUCUCCGUGCAAGAUGAUUCCGAUUCCAGUCUGGCUCCUCCUCACGACGGUACUGGCAGCCAAAGAACGGCGAGCCCUGCACCAUCGUACCAGAUCGACGGCAAAUUGGCGCCCCCUCCCAUCGACUCGACAGGAGCGGCGGCUGGUGGCCAUCAUCUGCCCCCGCUUGGGGAAACCCCCACGCCUCGUCUCCAGCUGCAGAUACCAACUCGGCGCGGCAGCUUGAGUAGUACAACGUCUCCUGUCCUGCCCUUUCCUCAUUAUAGCGACUCUCCCAUGCCCAUGACGCCAAAUACGCAGCCAGAGCAAGUCGGAUUCAGCACGCUCCCGCCUUCAGCUACUGUGCGCGAAAGCCCAUUCGCCGCUUUGGGCAGUACAGAGGCCGCCUCACGGCCGGUUAGAUGGUGGCCAUACUCGUUUCUCCCCGCGCCGCACGUUCUCCUUGCUACCCUGUUCCCGACAUUGCAAGGGUGGAGAGAAAAGGCAUUGUGGGACAAGCUUAUUAGCAUCAUAUCUGUACCAAGCAUCUUUCUGUUGGUUAUAACGCUCCCGGUUGUCGAGUCGGAAACGUCUGGGGAAUCCGAGUCUCUAGACGAUGGUGUCUCCUACAUCUCUGGCCAUGGGAGGAUUGGACGUUCAGCCCCACCCAUCUCGAUCCAGCCCGGCGAGAUCGAACCCGAGAAUGAAUGGGAGCGGUUCCGGAGGUAUUCGAUGCAACGCCGAAAUAGCGAUGCAAUGACUGGGAGCGUUCGGACACCCCUCUUGGAACUGCCGAACGAAGACGCCUUGGGCAUAUCUCCUCGUACCCAUGAGCCUGGCGCGCCCAAGCCCCUGUCCGAGGUUCGAUCCGUUAGCCAAGGAAGCCAGGAGAAGCUGGGAUGGAACCGCUGGCUGGUCUGCCUCCAGCUCUUCACAGGGCCGCUUUUCGUCGUCUUGAUCGUCUGGGCAAAUCUAUCGGAGGACUGGGCAGACCCCAAGGGCACGCUGGUGCGCAUGAUUCUGUGGACGCUCCUCGGAUCGCUAAUUUUGCUGGCGGCCUUGCUCAUGCUUACUUCGGAGCAGAAGCGCCCUGAUAGCCACUUUCUGUUUUGCUUUCUGGGAUUCAUCAUCAGCAUAGCCUGGAUAUCGACUGUGGCUGGCGAGGUUGUGGGUGUUUUGAAAACGUUUGGCGUGGUCUUGGGCAUCUCCGAGGCUCUACUUGGUCUCACCAUUUUCGCGGCUGGCAACAGCGUGGGCGAUCUUGUGGCAGAUAUCACGGUGGCUCGACUGGGAUACCCCGUCAUGGCAUUGUCUGCCUGCUUUGGAGGGCCCAUGCUCAACAUCCUGCUUGGCAUAGGCGUAGGCGGUGUCUUGAUGAUGGUCGAAGCCGCAAACCACCACAAGCACAAGCACCCGGGCGAUGAUUACGCGUACCAGCCGUAUCGGAUCCAGAUAGGGGGCACCCUGAUGAUUUCGUCCAUCACGCUGCUCGUGAUCCUCGUCGGGUUGCUCAUCGCCGUGCCUCUGAACAAGUGGAUUCUGAGCCGCAGGAUCGGCUGGGCACUGAUUGCCAUCUGGUCGGCCAGCACCAUUGCCAACGUGGUUGUUGAGAUGACGGGUGCACUCAAGGAUUUCGAUUGAAACCGACGCGCGAGGAAGAAGUGUGUUUAUGAAGUAUUGCUAGGCAUGUAUUGUCACACUUGUAUGGGCUUUACGACGUUUGUGAGAAUGACGCUACGGCUGGGAAUAUCGAUGUGAUGCAUCGUUACGAGCAUGAUUUGUUCUGAAGCAUCGCUGCUUGUACAGCACUCUUCUUGGGUUACUGUCUUGUCUUUGAUACCAGUUACAUUACAUACAUACAUGGAAUACCGGCUUUGUACUUGU